AGACAAAGCUGUGUACCAAUAGAAUGGAGCAUGAUGAAACAAGUAGAACAAUGACGAUGUGAGGACAAAUAGAGACUGCUGCGGCGUUUCAACCUGAACUGCUCAAGAACUGGAGCAGGUAAUUUCUACCACCUACACGUUGUAGAGCACUGAAGAUAGAGUGCGAAAAGAACUUCAGAAUUUGUGUAGAAGUAAAAAUUCCAGUAUCACCAGUAUCUGUAUCAGUAGGUGAAAAUAAGCAAAGGAAGUUGUAAGUAGCAUAGCGCAUGAAUAUGAAAAUUGUGUGUUUACAACGUCGACCACGAUAGACAAUUUUCAUAUCUGUCGUUUGAUCUUGUACUUGAAGCGACAACAAAUAGACAAAAUGUUUGUGAAUCCGUUGAGUGGUGUCGCCAUGGGCGGAAUGGGAGGAGGUGGCAUGUUCGGAGCGGCCCUCCCAGCUGCCUCGCCAAACGGAGACGGUACCGGGGUUUAUGUUGAUAGUACAGAGGUGGACGCAGUAGAGGCACGGCUGGGCCACACGUGAUCAUGAAACAGGAGGGCCAGAUACAGAUUGAAGUUGGUACGACCUUGCGCAAUAUAAAAAAAGCCAUGAUCAAAUACAAGCGUUCUUUGAUUCGAAUUCAGGUACUCCGGGCGGCGGCGCCUCUCCGUUCGGCGUCGGUAUCAUGAGAAAAAAGUGUUACAGAUACACAUUUGUUGGAGUUUCUGCAUCACAAAUUUUCUCUUAAUGGCAGAGUAAACAUGUAAUGCGAAGAUCAUAAGGGAAAACAAGAAGGAAACGAGGUUCCCAAGCAUUUCCUGCAUGAAAAAGGUUGUCUGUGUUGCCGGUCUUGCAUGACAAUGCGUAACUGUAACACUUUUUUCUUGCGAUAGUCGGGGGCAUGAUGCCACUGUCCCAGAGCUCUGCUGCUGGCGGCAAUAUCAAAUGUAAAAAUGUCUGGGUCUGGAAGAAUGCAACUUGUGAUGCUACAUUUGGAUUCCAAAAAAAUCUGUAUUGCAUGAGUAGCAAAGGGAGUGCAAUUUCUGCUACGCUGAGAAGACAUUUGUCAUGCGGAAUAGGCAUCAAGAAGCCCUCAGGAAAUCUGUAUUGCUAGGGUAUGCAUCACAGACAUCAGGGCUAAUGCAAAACGUGCAUGACAAGUGUCAGAAUCUUCCAGACCCAGACAUUUUUACAGUUGAUAGGCAACGCGCCCAGGCAAAAAAACUUCGCACUUCCUGUCACAAUCAAGGCACUGAAAAACGGGGAGCGAGGUAAAUGAAUGUGAUGAAUUAUUUUUCUAGGGGAACUUUCACUUAAAUAUUUCAAUGUGUAAAAUAAAGUGAAUCUGAAUUAUGUGUUGGAGUGUCUGCGUUUUUGCUUCAAUGUUUUUCCUUACCUUUCAUCGAGCAAGGAAUCAAUAUGCACGUCGCGGCGUGAGAGGGAGCAGCAGAAAUUGAAUUCAUACGAAACUACUACAGUUGAUGACAAAGAGUACAAAGUGUACGGCGUCGUGAACGCCAAAUCAGUGAUGCUGGUGGCCCAAAUCGUUACGCUGAAGCGUGUAUCCUGAGUAAGAACGUCCCGACCCCAUAGUAAAGAUGGGAAAUCUGCUAGACAAAUCAACAAGCCGUGGUAGUUGUUGCGCAUGACAAAUUUAAGCUAGUGCAGUGUAGUCGUGUUGAGCUAGUGCAGCAGCAUCGCAGAGCUUCUUGCGCGUCGUGCUGAUUCGAGCACCACAAAGCUCAAGACACCACUAGAAAUAAACGCUUCUCAGCAUGGGUCUCGUCCGCAUGAGAAACGCUUUGAGCAUGCAGAUUUUCAUGACAACUCUGCGGUGGGGACGUUUUUACUCCGGAUAGCGUGGCGGCCAAAUGACGGAGAUGGUGCUCGAUGACUCAACGGACUAUGAAAUGUAAAAAUGUCUAGGCCUGGAAGAUUGCAACUUGUGAUGCUGCAUUUGGAUUCCAAAAAAAUCUGUAUUGCAUGAGCAGCAAUGGGAAUGUAAUUCUUGCUACGCGGCGAGGGCAUCGGCUUCGGCAUUUGUCAUGCGGAUAGGCAUCAAGAAGCCCUCAAAAAAUCUGUUAUGCUAUGGCAUGCAUCACAGAUAUCAUGGCUCAUGCAAAACGUGCAUGACAAGUCUCAGAAUCUUCCAGACCCAGACUUUUUUACAUUUGAUACGGACACAAUAACGGCAACAUGGUACUUACUACAGUGUUGCGAAUGCUGCGUUUCUUGUCAACAUUGCAAUAGGAAUUAUGUACUUCUAAAUAUGUUCAAUUAAUAGAUACUUUCUGGCUUUUUCUUGUUUGUGUUUUAUUUAGUGACGACCUAAUAUGACAUCAAACACGAACUUGUUUUUCUUAAGGUUCGGGCAACCCGCAGACUAUUCGGUAAUCGGCGAUAUUAUAUCCCCAAAAAAAAAAACUGUUACUGUAACUGGCAUCCGUCUUAAACAGGAACCGUUGCAGAGGACUUAGCAUUCCGCUCCCUACUAGGAAAAGCUGCGACUUGAUGUCAGAAGCAUUGAACAAAGAGAAGAUCUUUCCCCUCCUUGCAUCUGUUUGUAGAUGUUCUUGAGCAUGACAAAACAUCAAGACGUUCAUUCUCAGAGAUGAAGUUCCGCGAGGACACAAGUUGAGCCUGUAGCAGUUUCAAUAUUUUCAGUCGAUAGAUUAAGGAGAAAAUGUACAUUCGAGUGGCUUGCUCGCUGCGCACAAGAAAUAUCGAAUGCAAAGAUGUCAACUUCUUGGUCUGCACGAUGGAUUUUUGUGCAGCGUUUCGAUCUUCACGUAGAUGGUCCGGAUUGUACGCAAAAGCAUUUCAAUUUUUGCCUUUAUUGCGCAAGCCUCUUGAUGCCUGAAUUGCAAUUGCAUGAGAAUAAAUUCGAUAUUUGGGUUGCAAGAGAUGGGCAGCAACUUCUGGCGCCGCGCAUGCAACACAAAUAAUUCAUUUUGCGUGAUUCAGUUCGUGCAUCACAAGUUUGCAUCCACUUACUUUACAGACCCAGACUAGUACAUAUUUGCAAUGCAUAAGGAAGGACGAGGUACAACUUUCUGCACAGCACAUCAAUGUAGCAAAGGGCGACGACAUUGCCCACCACUUUGCUGACGUCGCAUACACCGCGUUGACCUACAUAAAAGGUAAGAAUUCAUAUUUUUAAGUAUCUUCAUCUAGGCCCUGACCAGUACUUACAACCUCUCCUCCUCCUCCCCGUUCGUCUCGCAUCCGUGAGAAUGGAAUUCGAUACCGAUCAGCUCUGGACGAAUCGCUUUGAUGCUGUGAAGAUUUCGGAACAAAACAACUCCAGGUAAAGCUAAAUCCGAUAGUACCAGCGCGCCCGCUUCGCAGUCGCAGCCGGGACCGAGUCCAACGGCACCCACUGCUGUGCCACCAACCGCAACUGGGGAUGUCACCAUGACAGACGCAACGCCAGCGGCACCCAGCACGGCUGCCGCUCCUAGCACGGCCGUUGCGGCGCCACCACCAGCCGCCCCAACAAAGGAGCUGAAAGCCCUGAUGCAAGAGUAUUAUUUUGCAUUCAGCAUACUCCUUGUUGUUUGUUGUUGUUUUCCGCUUAGCAAGCAGGAUGGAACUUCUACUUUAUAUUUCGUGAUGGAACUCGAACUUCUACAAUUUUAAUUUUUGGUUCUAAUAUUCAUUAGAUUCGAAUGAAACAACUUACCAUCAGGUGCUUGAAGGCUAAGGGCGAAACGGGUGGAACUUAUGCGGAGGUGGAAGCAUACUGCAAAUCGCAAUACAGUCCCGAAUAUCCACUGCAAAAGUAUCGUACCUUUAGUACUACUAGUCGCAUCAACAAUGCAUGACAAAUUUGGUUGGCCACCUGAAUCUGCAUGAAAAAAUAUCUAGUUCUUGACUGAAAGAAUUUGAUGAUGUCAUGCUGAUUAUACUAGGACGAUGCAGUACUUUUGUAAUGCAUACCGAGGAAAUCAAGAAGCUAUGGGAGAAUCUCAUCGACGAGUGCGACUUGUUUGCAACCAUCGACGACGAUCACUACAACUUCGGGGAUAUGUAGGGGAGCUUAUGGAUUGUAAAAAUGUCUGGGUCUGGAAGGUUGGAACUUGUAAUGCUAGCUUUCCAUACCUAGAAAAUCUGUAUUGCGUCACUAACAAAAGGAAAAGUCGCAGCCUCCUUUGUCAUGCAAAAACGCAGUUUCUCAUGCGGAUUGCCUAUGAGAAAGCGUUUUGGGAAGUUGUCAUGCCGGACUGCAUUCGGAAGUGUUUUUAUUAUGCACAUUGCAGCAUCACAAGUUUCCAGACCCAGACACUUUUGCAUUUCAUAGAGCUACAGCUAAAGCAAUUUACCGCGGUCGGGGAGCUGCAGCUAAAGGAGCAACUACUACGUCGCAUUUGGUCAAUGAGCAGGUUCACAGACAGGAAUCAAUUGUUUAUGUCACAAAGAAUUUGUGUCAUCAAGAAGGAAUCAAAUUCUCACUCGCACAGAUACGCAUUCCUGAAUUUAUCUUACCCGACAUUGGUGAGCAGGGCCGAG